CUGCCGGUGGAAAGCGGGAAAGCUCCGAGUAUUCGCGACCAGUCACGGUUCAUUCCGGCUUCGCUAGUUGUGUGAGCGACAUCAUAUCGCGUAGCUCUCAAGAGAAAAAACGUCUUUGAUGCGUGAUAUCGAGAGAAAAUACACCAGAAGCGAAGCUAUCGCGAUCGUGCAUCCAUCAUGACAGUUAAAAAAGCGUUCGUUCGUAUAACUUGCACGUGCUUCGAUACGAUCGGUCAAGAAAGAACAUCUUCAUCACUAGAGAACGACGAUACUCGUGGUGCCCGGAUAUCGGUCGCGGAGGUUCCUUCGUUCGGUGCCGGUCGUUGAUCUCCUCUCUAAGGUACCUCGAACGAACCUCGUCGUCUCGGACGCGCGCGCGCGAGCAUCGACCGAUCCUUCCUCUCUUUCUCUCUCUCUCUCUCUUUCUCUCUCUCUCUCUCUCUCUCUCUCUCUCUCUCUCUCUCUCUCUCUCUCUCUCUCUCUUCGUUUUUCCCGCAGAUCGUUCAAUGCGAUCGGUGGUGAUUUUAAUCGAAACUUUUGUAGAAGCAGCAGGAUAUUAUAAGAAAAAAGAUAUCACCAGGAAUUUAUAAGAAAACUUUUCACGAUUCAUAUAACUUCUUCUAAACAGUUAUUUUUUUAUUUAGAAAAGAAAAAAAAUGAUCGCGAAUCUCGUGACGAUCAAAGAUAGACAAAAAAUUAGUCGUCCCUCGUCUCUUAUUCUCUUCUUCGCGUUUUUUGCGUUUAUAGUUUGACGUCAAUGCCGAUAAAACGAUGCACCUAUUAAAUAUACGAUGUAAUCUCACGUUUCUCCCCAUCGUUAUGGACUCCUCACGUUCCUCAUGCGAACGACAGUGACGGACGAAAGAAGAGGAGAGAGAAAGAGUACGACGCGGCUUAAUGGUUCGUUAGCUAGGGAAAUAACGUAAAAGGUGGAUCUCGGAUGCAGAACAGCUGAUAUUGCUGCGCGCCAUUCGAAAGUGCAAAUGACAAGGCUACCGCGACGGAACGUGAACGGAAUAACACAACGUUGCUACGGUUUAAACAUCAGAUUAAAUCAAACCAUAACGAUGAAAGUGAGCCAACAAUGACGGAUAGUAGAAGAGAGAAGAAAAAUCGAACAAUGGAUGCGUCAUUUCGACGAAUUUCUAUCAUUGAAAUGCAUCGACCUUAUGCGUUACAAUCAUCGCGUACAUCGACCCUUGUCGAUGUCGAGAAGAUGAGUGAUUCGAUGUUUCCUUGUACGAACUGAAUGAAGAUCGGAGAAUACUUAAAGAUACUCAGGCACGAAGAGUGGUAUUGAUGACUUGAAAUCUGUGUUUCCUCUUUUCGAUGGAUCGAUGCGAUCUUUCGAUCGACGAGGAGGAAGUAGUAGAAGAAACGGAUCGCCUUCGGAUACGAAAGAGUUACUACUCGACUACAGUCGAAUUAUUGAGAAAAGAAAAGGAAAAAGAAGACGAAAAAAUAGAGAAGGGUAGGUGAUUGGCUAUUGGAAAGAAGACGUAAGAGAGAAAGAAAGAAAGAAAAAAAGGAAAUGGAAUUGAACGGUACAAUGGAAGAGGAUUCUGCUAAUAUAACCGAUCUACCGGGCCAACUGCCGAAUAUUCUGAUUGACACCGGACAAAGGAACGAAAACGAGACUUACGAUCGUGCGGAGAAUAGAGAGGUCGAGCACGUGCUUGUAUUGACGGCGAAGGCAACUGUGAUGGGUUUCAUCAUUCUUUGCGCUCUCUUCGGUAAUCUCCUUGUAAUCGUUUCCGUGAUGAGACACCGUAAACUACGAGUCAUUACCAAUUACUUCGUCGUCUCAUUGGCGUUGGCCGACAUGCUCGUUGCGAUUUUCGCGAUGACUUUUAACGCCUCGGUCGAAUUAUCUGGCAAGUGGCUCUUCGGUUAUUUUAUGUGUGACGUCUGGAACUCCCUCGACGUCUUCUUCAGUACAGUUUCGAUCCUCCAUCUUUGCUGCAUCAGCGUAGAUCGUUAUUACGCCAUCGUUCAACCACUUGACUAUCCUCUAAUCAUGACAAAUCUUCGACUCGGCGCGAUGCUCAGCGUCGUUUGGUGUUCGCCGACAGUGAUGAGCUUUCUUCCUAUUUUCGCUGGGUGGUACACAACCAAGGAACAUCUCGAACACCGAAAAAAAUAUCCCGACGAGUGCGUGUUUCAAGUGAACAAAUUGUAUGCGGUGAUCAGCUCAAGCGUAAGCUUCUGGGUACCUGGGAUUAUCAUGAUCGCGAUGUAUUACAAGAUUUAUCGUGAAGCAGAUCGUCAAGAACGAAUGCUAUAUCGCAAAGUGGCAGCGGCUCUUUUAAAUAAACAUAUGCGAUUUAAUGGUAUUUCUGCGGGUCUUACAUCAUUACCCACGGUAGACCAAUCGUCGCAUGAUCUUCAACCGGAAGAGCCACCGAUCACCAGCAGCAGUAAGAUGAAACGAGAGAGGAAGGCGGCCAGAACACUCGGGAUUAUCAUGUCAGCGUUUUUAGCUUGCUGGCUUCCCUUCUUUCUCUGGUACAUCAUCACGUCUCUCUGUGACACCUGCAAAUGUGGUGAUAUUGUAGUUGCUGUAGUCUUUUGGGUAGGCUACUUUAACAGCGCUUUGAAUCCAUUGAUUUAUGCAUACUUCAAUCGCGAUUUCCGAGCGGCAUUCAGGAAAACACUGGAAAGUUGUUGCGCAGCAAUAGGACCAGUACGAGACCUGAGAAAAAUUCACAAGAAACAAGACUUAGUACAUAGCAACGCGUCAUCGGAACUUCACGUUAACAAUCAGUUAAGGACCAGCGAAAUGACAAACGUGCAUAUCGAAGCAUGCAUUUAAAUCAAUCAUUAUGAAAUAAUAUGCUUGAAAAACAAAACACAAUGCUCGAAAGAAACGUAUAAAUAUCAAAUUCAAUGUAUACAUUCAGAGAGCAUUUCCAUCAUCAACAUUUGGUUCAGAAUCGAUCGAUCUUGAAAAUUUGUUUUUGCGUAUAUCAAAAAUAGCAUACAUUUGCUUACAGUAUCUUAUUAAUCGUGUCUUUUUUAAUAGCCGUCUCUCUAAAAUUACUAAUUAUUUGAUUGCUGUUUGUUCGAUGCGGUCUAUUGGUGGACAAUCAUUUAAAAAAAUGAAUGAUAUGAACGAAAGAAUUCAUUAGAAAAUAUCUGCUAUCCUUUUCGCAUCAUACUGCUUAAAAGAAAUUUCUUUAAAGGUACCUCUACAUUUCAAAUGAAAAAUGAAAAAAAAAAAGAAAUGUUAAAUUAAAUUUUGCAAUCGUGUUAAAACAGAUAACAAGACAAUUUAUGCUAGAAGAAACGAUAUCGCAAUAUCCUGUACACUUACAUCUAAAUCGGAUUAUCCUGUUAUCGAGUGAGAAAUACAAGUCCAAACUCCAAACAUCUAUCCUAGGGAUUCUAUUGCGAUGGGUCUAUCAGGUUCGUAAAUAAGGUUUCUGUCAAGAUUGAUUAAUGGCCCGAUUUCGAUAGUAUUUUAACAAUGAAGACGAUAAAAUCGAAUUAGAAGGAAAUCUGAAUAAGAGCGAUUUUGCGAGAUCAUUCCUUCCGACUAAAAAGACAUAGAUAUUCAUGAAUAUCGAAACGUGACUAUAAUCAGAGAUGACUAUACAUAUCGAAUCUAUGCCGUAUGCAGUAUGAAAGGUAUAUAGCAUGGAAGAGGCCAUUAAAUCAACGCAAAAUGAAUGUGUCAAAGAACCGGCUGUCUCUUUCGAAAGAGGACGCCUUCACAUCGAUCGUAAGCUACCAUUUUCGUGCUCCUACCCUCACGUAAUGUUCAGACUAAAUAAAAAAGCUUUUCGCCAUCCACAGAAACCUCUUAGACCUUUCGCAAAUGAGAAAGAGGUAAAGAAAAUUCGCAACAGUCGGUACGUUUUAGGCUGAAUAAUUGGAAGCCUGAAUGACCUGAAAAUUUUUUAAGGACAAAGGAUUUCAAUUUACUAAGGGCGUACUUGGAUACGUCAAAGGCCGUUAAUAGUAGGUGAAAAGUGAAACGGUCUACUGUCAAGCCAAUCUAAAGUAAUUGUCUAAUUUGUACUGACACGAAGAGGGCCUCGAAAGAAAAUAAAAAGAAAAAGAUGGGGAAAUCGAUUAGGAGGAAAUGUGUUUUUCGACUGACCAAAAAUUGUAAGUAAUAUUAUUGAUCAUAAAUGUUAACAAAUUUAAUUAGUAGGUAAAGGAUAAAAAUGUUCUUCUUAUACCUAGUCACUUAGCGAGUGCGUGUAUACAAAAAAAAACGUUAACACAAACAGAAACAAUGGAGACAUUUUAGUGACAUUAAAUAAAAUAUAAGAAACGCGAAGUAUUUCUUUUGUACGUGAUAGAUCGAUCUUCUUACAAUCAAAGAAUAUAUCAUUUUGUAUAUAUAUAUAUUGCAUUCAAAUCUAUAACGCUCGAGAGAUAGAUUUUCAUUUCACACGAUCAACUUUUUCAUAUAAACGUGUCUAUUUAUUGCGUGUAAAUGUCAUAUCACUUCUAAUUCGUGUCUUCGAUAAAUAUAUAUAUAUAUAUAUAUAUAUAUAUAUAUAUAUAUAUAUGAAAUAGAAUGAAAAAAAACAUAAGAAAUCGUUUAUCAUUAUAGUCAAUAAAUCAUUCCGAUAUAAACAAAAAGACAUGCCAAAGGUAAAAUAUAUAAAAGAAAAAAUUCUUACGUAUAUAUAAUAUAAUAUAUAUAUAUAUAUACAUAUGUGCAUAGCAAUAAGAUGAAUACGUUGUUUAAUUUAAUUAUUAUCAAUUAUAGAGAUUUAUUGUAAAUCGUUAAUUAUUACAUCACGUAAUAUCAUAAUAUUUCCUAUGGAAAGCUCGUCAGCAUUUUAACUGAAUACUUUAAAUAAUGUUUAUCGUAUUUUGUGAAAAUUAUUUGGGAAUUUGUUUAACUACUUGCUGAUCACGAUCAAUAUUUAUAAAACGAAGUAUAGAAAUUCGUAAAGACCCAUAUAAAUAUUCGCAUAAGCAAAGAGUACAGAACAAUCAUUAAUGUAAGGCCAGCAACGAGACGAUUGUCGCUAAACGAUUUUUUUCUGAAUGCAUUGUACUAAUGAAUUUUCUUCAUGCAACUGGAACGUUUUUAGAAACUAUUAAAUCGUUUCACGAUCAUCUGUUACUCGUCAACUUUGUAUACCCUGUAUCUGAAGCUAGACGUACGAAAGAUUAGCGAUAUAACUUAAUGUACAACGUUAUAAAAUCGGUGUUUACAAAAAUGAAGUGGCACUAAAAAAAAGAUAAUUACGGUGAAUCACAAACAUAUAGAAGUAAUAAAAGAAUUCAUCCAUAAAUCGAAAGAAAUUUAUGAGGUAUUGUAUUCUUGGAUAUAAGGAAAAAAUCGAUAUUAUUAUUAUUAUAAUAUAUUCAAGUGACAAUAGCUAGAAGAAAGCGAAUAUUUUUAUUUUCUAUUUCGCACAGUAAAAAGCAUAUCGACCUAAAGAAAAAUUAUUCACGACAUCAGUGUAACAAUAUCUACUCGCACGGACGAGAUCUUAGCAUGUCAAUAAUAUCGGAUCCUACGCAACGUAGAAACAUUCAUCGUGUUUCACGAAAAAGAGUGCGAUCCCAUCAUCUCGAAAUUUGUGGAUUUGUCCAUAUAGGAAACUAAUAAAAAUAUUUUAAAGAAAA